AUGUCUGCCAGGGACAUCAGAAAAGAGGGUGGGAAGGUCUUGGAGGAUUCUCUGAGAUCUGAGAGAAAUGCUUUGCUUGCUAUCGGGGCUACGGCUGCGGUUGACCGGCUUGAAAGACACUAUAAAAGGUUGUUGGAGGGCUGGGAGGCGGCUAUCAUGGAGAUAAGUUCCGACGACAAAUACGAGAGCCUACUACAUGGGUUUGCUAUCGAGAAAGGUCAAAUGGAAACAGAAAUGAGGUGUAUGGAAAGACAAUGGCCGCGGGAACUGAAGGAAUACAAAGAGUGCUUUGCUUCGGGAUGCAUUGAUAAGAAAAAGAGGAGACAUAUACCAGAGUCGAGUAGAGAGCUUUUGGAAAAGGCAUUCAAAGUGAAAAGAUUUCCCAACUCGAAAGAAAGGGAGAGGAUAGCAAGAGAAUGCGGGAUUAGCCCACUCCAGGUCCGGGUGUGGUUUACGAACAAGCGAGCUAGGAGCAAGCCGAGAACAUAG